AUGCGAAUGAACCUAAUCUUGGAUGUCAAUACGCAGAUGUAUCCCGUGGACCUGAACGAGCAGUUUCGACUUGUGCUAGCAACCACAUUGAGAGAAGACGGCGGUGCCGAGGAAGGUGUCUAUGAUCAACAGGCUGAAUCCACGAGAGCAGCGCAGUUUGAAUACGUGAUGUACGGCAAAAUCUACCGAAUUGAAGGUGGCGAAGCCGGCCACGAUAAGGACAGCCAAAAUCUCGACGUCUAUGCAUCAUUUGGAGGGCUCUUGAUGCGGCUUCGCGGCGACGCCUUCAACCUGCAAGAAUUCGAAUUGGACAAUGAUUUUGUCAAUCAACUCGUGACACGUGGCGCAGCUCGCGGUCUGGCACUCGAUGAUAAGCCUGUGAAGCUCCAUAUUGGUCCCGAGGAGCUGGAGCAGAACAUGAUAGCCGCUAAGGAGAGGGGCUCGCAGUUCGUGAUGGUGAUUUCCGAGAAGUACUACACCGCCCACAAGGAAUUGAAGUACCUCGAGCUGAAGUACAACAUUCCCACGCAAGAAGUGCUGAUGAAUGUCGCCCGCUCGGCCGUUCAAAGGCAACAGGGCGUCACCUUCGACAACAUCUUGCUCAAGACGAACAUCAAGAACAAGGGGCUCAAUCACGAUGUCAAAUUUCGUGAGGACGCGAUGCAGAAGCUGGUCAACAACAAGGAGCGCAUCAUUAUCGGCAUCGAGAUGAGCCACACCACCUCUGGAGAGAAGGAAAAUUCGGCUUCGGUCGUCGGCUGGUCUGCAAACUGCCUUGGCCAUCCCGUCCUCUACACUGGCAAUUUCAUGUAUGUGCGCGCCCGCGAAACGGAGCCGUGCCUCGAUCCGGUGUUCAAACAGGUCAUCAUGCGGAUGAAGAAGUAUCGUCCGAAGCCAACGAAACUCGAUUUCGAUAUCUAUAUUGGUGGUGUCUCUGAAGGGCAGAUGGCCAGGGUUGCACGCAACGCCGUCCAGAAACUUCGCGAAAAUCUGCUACCGAUGAAGAUCGAGCACAACAUUUCUGUGGUCGUCGUUUCGCUCGACCACGCGGAACGCUUCUUCAUUGAGUACAACACGGCUACUACCUCCAUCCCGACGCCCCUCUACUGUGCCAGGGACUAUGCCCAGCGCGGAAUGGACGUGCUCAAGUACAUCGUGGAAAGGGAUCUGCCAAACCCGAAGAGUUGGGAUCUCGAGUACCUCAACCAGGUCACCUACCAGCAGACUACCCUGGACAACGCCCGCAUGGCC